AACAUUUUCAAAUAUGGCAUUGCAAAUGCUUUGCUUUGUUAUUUGAUAAGCUUCCCAUUUCUGGACAGCUAAAAACGUAAUUGGUUGAUUACAAAGGGAGAGAUGCAUGCUGUUGGAAUAUGCUUCAAGUUAUAUGUAAAGUUAAAUUACUAUGCAUGGUUCAAACGUCAAAAACACCUGUUCACUUAGUUUUAGCGCUGCUAGUACCAAAUUGACUUGGCAAGUGAACUCGCUGCAUAGAGAUGGUGUUUCAAUUUUCCUUCACCGUUCACCACCAACAAAAUACUGGCCAGCUAUUUUAAGAAUUUGUAGAUGUUGGAUAGUCUUAAUGAACGUGCUUACAAUGUGCUUAUUCUGCUGAAUAAUUUGGUGAUUGAGGAAUUUGAUCUGUUAUCCCCCUGAUGGCUGCAAGACAAACUGUGAAGACAAGUGUGGUGAAUAAAAACUGCUCCCCUGUUUGGAAUGAAAGUCUGACUCUUAGUUUGAAGGAUCCUAAUGUCCCAUUUGUUCUGAGAGUAUUUGAUAAAGACACGUUUACAGGAGAUGAUCCAAUGGGAGAUGCAGAAUUCAACGUGAAACCGUUUCUCGAGUGUUUGAAAAUGGGUUUGCAAGACCUCCCAGAUGGGACUAAAGUUGACAGAGUUCAACCGAGCCACGACAAUUGCCUUGCAGAUGAGAGCUGCAUUGUUUGGAACCAGGGUAAAAUGUUCCAAAAGAUGAUACUUAGGUUGAGAAACGUGGAAUGUGGUGAAGUAGAAAUACAACUUGAAUGGCUUGAUUAUCCUGGAUUUAGAGGCUAAAAGCAAGACUGAUUCCUUCGCUGUUGUGUGCUUGUGAUUCGAGGGCUGAUGAUGAAGGCAUACAAUCUAAGUUCUUGCUGUAUAUUUAUGGCUGUUCCUCAUGUAAUGUUUGAGAGCUAAGGCAUGACCCUCACAGGAAACUAUGUCGGCCUCUUGUAUGGCUAUUGUUCAGGUUACUGCUUUGCUGGUGUUGCUAUAACAAAUAUAACCUUUUCUGUUUCUUUACUUGGGAGGGGGAAUGAAGGAAGCAGAAAAGGAUAACGGGAAUAAGAGAAUAUUGAAUCCUUGCUUCAA